AUGGAGGAGGUGCGGGAAGGACCGGCGCUCGGUGGCGGGAUGGAGGAACCCGCGAGCACCCAGGAGCUGCCGUCGCCGCCGUCGCCCGCGGCCCCCGAGACCCCCGGGCUCCCCGCGCCUGAGCAGCCGACCGAGGCCUAUGCACAGCAGCUGCUGCUACAGGAGUGGGCGCCGCCGGGCGGGAGCCUGGAGCUGCCCCCGCGCCUCACCUGGAAGCUGCUCUUCCCGCAGCGGCCGCUCUACCGCAACCUGCUCCGCUCUCCCAACCCCGAGGGCAUCAACGUUUAUGAGCCAGCGCCCCCUACUGGUCCCACACAGCAACCCCUGGAGACUCUGGGCAAUGUCCGCGGCUGGCACAUUAAGACAGAGAAGCUCCAGCAGGGCCUCAGCUGGACCGUGAAGCAGCAGAGUGUGGACCUUCUGGCGGAGGGCUUGUGGGAGGAGCUGCUCGAUGUUAAGCAGCCACACAUCACGGUCAUGGACUGGGAUGUGUAUGAGGACAGCCGAUUGGACGUCUGUGUGUGUGAGCUGCACGUCUGGCUGCUGGCAGCUGACCGCCGCACAGUCAUCGCCCAGCCCCACGUGCCCCCCCCGGACCUCUGGGAGAGGCCCCCCCACCCCGGCCACUGGGUCCAGGUGUCCCAUGUAUUCCGCCAGUACGGCCCUGGCGCCCGCUUUGUCCUCUUCCUGCACAAGACCAAGAACCGGAUGGAGCGCGGUGUGCUGCUGCGGACGAGGGUGACCAACUCCUCUGUGUCUGUGCAGUUCAGGGAGUGA